GAGAAGUACGGCGAGGACCUGGUGAAGGUGCUGAGCGGCGAGCUUAGCGGCGACUUGAAGAAGGUGAUCCUGACCGCCAUGCGCGGUGAGGUGGCCGAGUUCAACGCGUCGAUCCACACGAGCGUGAAGGCUGCUGCGGACGCGGACGCCCUGUACAAGGCGGGGGAGGGCCGCAUGGGCACGGAUGAGACGACGUUCAUCAACAUCCUGGUGCUGAGCCCUGCUGAGCACGUGCGCAACAUCAACAGUGCGUACGUGGCGAAGUACAAGACGGACCUGGCGGGCGCGAUCACGGCGGAAUUCUCUGGCGACGCCAAGCGCGCUCUGCUGUUCCUGGUGCGCUCGGUGCUGGAGCCGGUGGAGCUGCUUGCGGAGCUGUUCGAUACGACGCUGAAGAGUGCGAGCAAGAACGCGUACGGUUUGAGUGCGUGGGUGGUGCGGUACUACCGCCUGCUGGUGCGCAUUCGCAUCGUGUACAUGCGUCUGUACCGCCAGGAGCUGCGCACGCGCAUCCAGAGCGUGGUGAGUGGCGAGUACUGCCAGCUGCUUCUGUCGGUGUUUGAUGCGGCCGAGGUGGAGUUCGGUGCGUCGGCGUCGGCGUCUGGCUCGGUGGUUGCUGCUGGUGGUGGUACUGUGAGCACGUCGAGCGGGUCUGCUGUUCGUGGUGCCGCUGCUGCUGUGGGCGGUGCUGCUGCUGCUACCGCUGCUGUCGGUGCGGCCAUUGGCGCUAGCGCGUCGGUGGAGGAGAAGGCGAGGAUCUCGUCGAGCGCUGCAGUGAGCGCCACCGGCAGCAAGACGGCGAGCGUCUUGGAUUCUGCUUCUACGGUGACUGCGUCGAUGUCUGGCGUGAGCGAAGAGGAGAGCUCUGUUGCUCUGACGGAGACCGCCACGGCCACCGCGGCGAUGAGCAGCCUGUACGCCCGCUACGCCCGCGAGGGCAGCAGCGUCGAGUCGAUGACGUUCUCUGCCGAUAUCGAUGCGGCUGCGCAGGAGAUCCAGCGCGUGUGCACGGGCGCGGCUUCGGACGAGGCUGCCCUGGCAUCGCUGCUGCUGUCGAAGACUGCAGAGCAGCGCUACCUGAUCUGGUGGCGCUACCGCAUCCUGUACAAGCAGAGCCUGACGGUGUGGGUGAAGAGCACGAGCGACUACGGCCUUCUGCUGAAGAUGCUGGCGAGCCCUCUGGAGCACGUGGAGGCCGAGAUCCUGCGCAAGGCGACGAAGGGCCUGGGCACGACCGAGGAGUGGAUCUACCCGGUCGUGAUGGCGCGCUCGAACGCCGAGAUCGCGCUGCUGAAGAAGACGUUCCAGAAGAAGUACGGCGAGGACCUGGUGAAGGUGCUGAGCGGCGAGCUUAGCGGCGACUUGAAGAAGGUGAUCCUGACCGCCAUGCGCGGUGAGGUGGCCGAGUUCAACGCGUCGAUCCACACGAGCGUGAAGGCUGCUGCGGACGCGGACGCCCUGUACAAGGCGGGGGAGGGCCGCAUGGGCACGGAUGAGACGACGUUCAUCAACAUCCUGGUGCUGAGCCCUGCUGAGCACGUGCGCAACAUCAACAGUGCGUACGUGGCGAAGUACAAGACGGACCUGGCGGGCGCGAUCACGGCGGAAUUCUCUGGCGACGCCAAGCGCGCUCUGCUGUUCCUGGUGCGCUCGGUGCUGGAGCCGGUGGAGCUGCUUGCGGAGCUGUUCGAUACGACGCUGAAGAGUGCGAGCAAGAACGCGUACGGUUUGAGUGCGUGGGUGGUGCGGUACUACCGCCUGCUGGUGCGCAUUCGCAUCGUGUACAUGCGUCUGUACCGCCAGGAGCUGCGCACGCGCAUCCAGAGCGUGGUGAGUGGCGAGUACUGCCAGCUGCUUCUGUCGGUGUUUGAUGCGGCCGAGGUGGAGUUCGGUGCGUCGGCGUCGGCGUCUGGCUCGGUGGUUGCUGCUGGUGGUGGUACUGUGAGCACGUCGAGCGGGUCUGCUGUUCGUGGUGCCGCUGCUGCUGUGGGCGGUGCUGCUGCUGCUACCGCUGCUGUCGGUGCGGCCAUUGGCGCUAGCGCGUCGGUGGAGGAGAAGGCGAGGAUCUCGUCGAGCGCUGCAGUGAGCGCCACCGGCAGCAAGACGGCGAGCGUCUUGGAUUCUGCUUCUACGGUGACUGCGUCGAUGUCUGGCGUGAGCGAAGAGGAGAGCUCUGUUGCUCUGACGGAGACCGCCACGGCCACCGCGGCGAUGAGCAGCCUGUACGCCCGCUACGCCCGCGAGGGCAGCAGCGUCGAGUCGAUGACGUUCUCUGCCGAUAUCGAUGCGGCUGCGCAGGAGAUCCAGCGCGUGUGCACGGGCGCGGCUUCGGACGAGGCUGCCCUGGCAUCGCUGCUGCUGUCGAAGACUGCAGAGCAGCGCUACCUGAUCUGGUGGCGCUACCGCAUCCUGUACAAGCAGAGCCUGACGGUGUGGGUGAAGAGCACGAGCGACUACGGCCUUCUGCUGAAGAUGCUGGCGAGCCCUCUGGAGCACGUGGAGGCCGAGAUCCUGCGCAAGGCGACGAAGGGCCUGGGCACGACCGAGGAGUGGAUCUACCCGGUCGUGAUGGCGCGCUCGAACGCCGAGAUCGCGCUGCUGAAGAAGACGUUCCAGGAGAAGUACGGCGAGGACCUGGUGAAGGUGCUGAGCGGCGAGCUUAGCGGCGACUUGAAGAAGGUGAUCCUGACCGCCAUGCGCGGUGAGGUGGCCGAGUUCAACGCGUCGAUCCACACGAGCGUGAAGGCUGCUGCGGACGCGGACGCCCUGUACAAGGCGGGGGAGGGCCGCAUGGGCACGGAUGAGACGACGUUCAUCAACAUCCUGGUGCUGAGCCCUGCUGAGCACGUGCGCAACAUCAACAGUGCGUACGUGGCGAAGUACAAGACGGACCUGGCGGGCGCGAUCACGGCGGAAUUCUCUGGCGACGCCAAGCGCGCUCUGCUGUUCCUGGUGCGCUCGGUGCUGGAGCCGGUGGAGCUGCUUGCGGAGCUGUUCGAUACGACGCUGAAGAGUGCGAGCAAGAACGCGUACGGUUUGAGUGCGUGGGUGGUGCGGUACUACCGCCUGCUGGUGCGCAUUCGCAUCGUGUACAUGCGUCUGUACCGCCAGGAGCUGCGCACGCGCAUCCAGAGCGUGGUGAGUGGCGAGUACUGCCAGCUGCUUCUGUCG